AUGUCGAAGUCCACCACCGCCCUCUCCGAGAACUGGGCGUUCAAGCGAGCGUCGGAGGCGACCGAAAGCUUUCGCGCGGUAAAGAGCGUGCCCACCGAGAUCUUCCUCGAUCUGCUCGCCUACGACCUGAUCCCCGAGCCCUUCCAUGGCCAGAAUGAACUCGACGUCCAGUGGGUCGGCGAGGAGAACUGGAUCUAUGCCACCACCUUCCCGUCCCCACCCGCGGCGGACUCCCGUGGCAGCACGACGGAAAUCGUCUUCGAGGGUUUGGACACCUACGCUACUGUCACGCUCAAUGGCUGCGAGAUCCUCCGCAGCGGCAACAUGUUUACGCCCUACCGUGUCGACGUCACGAAGCAUCUGAAGAAGGACGGCGGCGAGAAUAAACUCAGCAUCCUUUUCGAGAGCGCAUUCCUCAAGGGAAAGAAGAUCAAGGAACAAUGGCCGGAUUUUGAGUGGGGAUGCUGGAACGGUGAUCCGAGUCGGUUGGCCGUCAGGAAGGCUCAGUACCAUUACGGCUGGGAUUGGGGUCCAAUGCUCAUGUCGUGUGGUCCUUGGAAACCGGUGUACCUCGAGACGUUUACGGCACGCAUCGAAGAACUCCGUUUCACCGUCGACGUCCCAGGAUGCCUAAAGACUGCGAUUAUUACUGCUACAGCAGAGAUCGUUGGUGCCGGCGAGGAGGUCAUGUUCAAGCUUUACAGUCCCGACGGAGAGAAGGUCUUGGAGUCCAAGGCUGCCGUUGAUGCCGGCAAGGCUACCGUCUGCUUUUCGCUUGAAGACCCAGAGCUGUGGUAUCCCCACGGCUACGGAAAACAGCCUCUUUACAAGCUACACGCGGCUCUGGACGGCGACGUCGAUACUGAUAGCAAGACUUUGGGGUUGCGAAAGGUCCGCGUGGUCCAACGACCUCUGGCGGAUGCCCCGGGCUUGAGCUUCUUCUUCGAAGUCAACAAUAUCCCCAUCUGGGCGGGUGGCUCCAAUUGGAUCCCUGCCGACAGCUUUCUCAACAGGCUGGAUGAGGCGAAAUACCGGAAGUGGUUGGAGAUCAUCAAGGAUGGUCGGCAAGUGAUGGUUCGCGUCUGGGGUGGUGGAAUUUAUGAGCAGGACUGCUUCUACGACAUCUGCGACGAACUUGGUCUCAUGGUCUGGCAAGACUUUGCGUUUGGGUGUGGAAAUUAUCCAGCCCAGAUUCCGGAAUUCCGCGAGUCGGUCAAGGUCGAGGCGGCUGCGGUCGUGAAAAGGCUAAGACAUCAUCCAUCGAUUGUUAUAUAUGCUGGUAACAACGAGGACUACUCGCACAUGUGGGGGCUUCCUGGACGCCUCGGUUACAAGGCCGACGAUAAGAACCCGGACAACUGGCUCAAGACACAGUUCCCAGCACGCUACAUUUACGAGAAGAUACUCCCCGAAGCCGUGGAAGCACACUCACCCGGCACCGAAUAUCACCGCGGCUCUCCUUACGGCAAUCCCGACCGCCCCGACGGCUGGGACCUGACCGUCGGUGAUGUCCACCAAUGGAACGUCUGGCACGGCACCCAAGAGCCUUACCAGAACUUUGACAAGCUUGCUGGUCGGUUCGUAAGCGAGUUCGGCAUGGAAGCAUUCCCCGAUAUCAAGACGAUCAAGUCAUUCCUACCCAAGAACAGCACCGAAAACCAUCCUUUCAGCGCGACGGUUGAGUUCCACAACAAGGCCGAUGGCGCAGAGCGACGAAUUGCCACAUACCUCGCCGAGAACAUGACCUUUGAGCUCGAGCCCUUUGAGGCAUACAUAUACUCGACGCAGUUGAUGCAGUCCGAGGCACUGUCGAACGCCUACCGCGCUUGGCGCCGCAACUGGAAGGGUCCCGGAAGAGAACUCACGUCGGGUGCUCUCGUUUGGCAGAUCAACGAUUGCUGGCCCGUCACUUCCUGGGCGAUCGUCGAUUACUACUUCCGGCCAAAGAUCGCCUAUUUCGGCAUCAAGCGCGAGUUGGCGCCCAUCGUCCUGGGCAGCAAGAGGAUCGAGGUCAAGACCCCUCGGGAUCCCUACACCGGUGCGCACGUCGAGAUCUCGCACCGCAUCGAAGUAUGGGGCGGCUCCUUCCUCCUCGAAGAGCAGGGCCCGUACAAGCUCGUGGCCAAGUCUUUCCAGACCUACUCGGGGAAGCUGGUAGAGUCUAUUACACUCAAGGAGGAUUUCGUGCUCCCGCUCAACAGGAGCACCGAGCUUGCCGACGUCCCCCUCCCAGGCUGGAACGGCACGCGCGACGGAAACCUCGACGUCGUGGUCGCACUGUAUCUGCUGGACGCGGAUGGACGUCAUGUCGCCCGCACUGUCAGCUGGCCAGAGCCCCUCAAGCAUGCGAGGCUGUCGAAGGAUCCUGGGCUGAGCGUGCUGCAGUGGAGGGGUAAGUUGAAGGUCAGGGCUAAUGCCCCCGUCAAGGGUCUGGUGCUUAGUGGCGACUUGGAGGAUCAGGGCAUUGACCUGGUGCCCGGCGAGAUUGUGGAGGUGGGCGUCAAGAACCAUGAGAAGGGGAAGUUUGAAGCGAGGUUCUAUGGCGGUGGGGAGAAGGGGAUGGUUAUCGGGUGUGUGGAGGCCGAGAGCUGGGAGGAGGUCGUGGUGGUAGAGGAGGAGAAGGAGUAA